GUCUCUCUGACGGGGAGAGCCAGCCACAGCCAGAUAACCCCCACAAGAACAGAUUGGAGAUGGCAAGGAAACUUCCCGUCCUCGCAUCCCCUACUCCACUUCUCCAAAGAAUCAACGGAAUCACCCACCCUAAUUAACGGAAGCAAUCGGCUGUUCUCGACGACCAUGACCCCAUCCUCCGUUUAUCUUAACGGAAUAUACCAUUGAAUAACCCGCCAACCACUGCAACGUAUUCGUUCUAGAAUUCUACAUUAAUUUACAACUCCAAUAUUCUUCCGCCAAGAUCCCAUUUCUGUUCUGCUAUUUCUCUCCCUCUUCAGGCUUCAUCCCUAUAAUAUAUACCCCCGCCUUGACCUCCUUUGGAAUUACCGUUGUCUCAACUCCUCGCUCUCUCUGUAUCUCUCUUGAAAACUUUCCCUUCGCUCUCUCUCUCUCUCUCUAAUUUUGUUUUUUCUGUUUUUUGUCUAUGGCUCUUAAAGCCGUUCACGUUUCCGACGUUCCUAAUCUCGAUCAGGUCCCGGAAAAUGCCACUCUGGCUCUCUAUUCCGGCCGGUUUUCUAAAGGCAAUGAUGUUCGAGCCACGUUAAAAUCGCCAAAAUUUAUGGUCAUUGGACACAGAGGGUGUGGCAUGAACAUGUUGCACUCGUCCGACCGGAGAAUGCAAGUCAUAAAAGAAAACUCAAUUCUUUCCUUUAACACUGCCGGAAAGUUUGCCCUUGAUUUUGUAGAAUUCGACGUUCAGGUGACAAGAGAUGACUGCCCAAUCAUUUUCCACGACAUCUUCAUCUUGACGGAGGAGAAUGGUUGCGUUACAGAGAAGAUAAUUAAAGAGCUUACCUUAGCUGAAUUCCUUAGCUAUGGACCUCAAAGAGAUACCGGAAAUGUGGGAAAAGCACUAUUCCGAAAAACUAAAGAUGGAAGGAUUUUCAACUGGAAGGUUCAGGACGACGACUCUCUCUGCACAUUGCAAGAGGCAUUCCAGAAGGUUGACCCCAAAUUGGGUUUCAAUAUCGAAUUGAAGUUUGAUGACCACAUUGUUUAUCAGGAGCAAGUGCUCAUUCACAUUCUUCAAGUAAUCUUGAGGGUUGUUUUUGAGCACGCCAAGGAUCGACCCAUCAUCUUCUCAACUUUUCAUCCGGAUGCAGCACGGCUUGUGAGAAUUUUGCAGAGCACAUACCCUGUAUACUUUCUCACAAAUGGCGGGACCGAAAUAUACCCUGAUGUCAGAAGGAACUCCUUAGAUGAAGCCAUAAAUUUGUGCCUGGCAAACGGCUUGCAGGGGAUCGUAUCCCAGGUCAAGGCUAUAUUCAGAAACCCAGGAGCUAUAAACAGGAUAAAAGAUUCAAAUCUUACCCUCCUAACCUACGGCCCAUUGAAUAAUGUGACUGAAGCGGUAUACAUGCAAUAUCUAAUGGGUAUCGAUGGGGUGAUUGUGGAUCUGGUUCAAGAGAUUACAACUGCGGUUUCUGACUUCAUCAAGCCUGCAGUAGAGGGAGAAGAGGAGAGCUGUACCGAAGGGGAUGGCCGGAUUCAGGUGAUGACAAGGCCCAAAUUCUCUCAGCGUGAACUGUCAUUUCUACUGAAGCUUAUACCUGAGUUGAUACAACUUUAAGUCCCAUUACACAACCAAUACAAUGGAAGAUCAAUCAAACACGAUAGGGUAGCAAUCGAAAGUUUGUAGUUCCUUUUUUUAUUUUUUGUUAAUUAUCUCUGCAAUGAAAUUCUUCUAUUUGGAGUAAAGCCUUAGGCAUCAUUGUAUAUUAAUUGAUCUUUUAACUAUGUUGUAUUCAUACACUGCUUGGAUUAUGAAGAUAUCCAUCAAGGUUUACUACUA